AUGAUGAACGACCUGACCCCCGAGCUGGGCAGGAGGAGAAGAGCGGCUUGGGGAGCGUACAAGAGCAUCGGGGAUGUAGUGAAGAAGACCAGGAACACCCGGCUCCGUGCUCACCUCUUCAAUACCACCGUACUUCCUGCUUUGACCUAUGCUUCGGAAACCUGGGCAUUUCGCAAGGAGGAAGAAAACGCGGUGAGCGUCAUUGAAUGCGCAAUUAAGAGAGUGAUGCUAGGAGUAUCCCGCUUCACGCAAGUGAGAGACAGGAUUCGAAGUUCUCUCGUACAUCAGCGAUCGAAGAUUAGAGACGCCGCCGCGUUUGCCAAGGAAAGUAAAAAAAGGUGGGCCGGACACGUGAUGCGCUUUAACGACAACCGUUGGACCAGAGCCGUGAGCGACUGGGUUCCCUGCGAUAUUAAGCACAAUACAGGAAGACUGCCGAUAGUCAGAUUUCUUCACGAAGUCCUUCAAAGAAAAUUAUGGUGCUCUUUGUGUCCCACGCGAAAAGAGGAACCACUGGACGACUCUGGCACGCGAUCGGGACAAAUGGGAGAAUUACUGGCGCCCGCUCGACCAGUUCGAAGAUCAACGGGAGUCAAGGUGAUCGAGUCGAUGAAGAACUGGUGA